UUCUGCGUUUAAUUAUGGGAAUAUACUUUUUCUGCGGGAAAGCAUAAACAGAAAUAUAUUAUUUGCAGAUAUAGAAGCCACGAAAGUUAGUUUUGGCGUAACAAAGUAGAGAACCCCAAUAAGAAUCACUGUUUCUCUCAAGAUAUAUCUUUGCCCUUUCUCGAUUCUCGAUUCCACGGAGUCUUUGGUACUGAUCAGUGCAGAUUAAGAACAAAGGAAAUAUGGUGACACUGCUGUAGGUUGCUUCUAUACUUUAAUUUGGAAGUUGUUUGAUUGUUUGAGUUCUGUGUGUGUUUUAUCUUGUCAUCAUGAACUUUGGAUUUCUUAACAACGUACCAGGAGUUGGAUUCUUAUCAGAUAUUGAUUUAGUAUCUACAACUAAAUCAAUUAGAGACAUUACUGAACCAUCUACACAAAGGGUUAUCUCUAAUAUCAAUAUUUGGGGUUUAUCUCUUCUAUCAUUCAUUCCAUGGGUUUAUAAUUCAAGGGACAAAUUCCAAUUCCCAACUACUGUAAACAAAAAAUUGAAACGAGAGAGAAGUGCUUAUGUAGUCAAAGAGCCUUCUAGUGGUUGUUCUGUUCCUCUAUUUAGACCUUAUGUUGCUAAAGUUCCUUACCAUAGAGGUGCUAGGGCAUUUCUUUCUCAGCUUUUCCCACGAUAUGGGCACUAUUGUGGGCCAAAUUGGUCGAGUGGGAAAUCUGAUGGAUCACUUCUAUGGGAUCAGCGGCCAAUUGACUGGUUGGAUUUGUGCUGUUAUUGCCAUGAUAUAGGUUACGAUACUCAUGAUCAAGCUACGCUGUUAAAAGCUGAUCUUGCUUUUCUUGAGUGCUUAGAGAGACCUGGAAUGCGUACCGAAGGAGACAAACAUGUUGCCCGCCUAUAUAGAACCAUGUGCAUAACAGGUUUGAGGAAUAUACUUAUACCUUACAGAAGGAACAUUAUUAGGUUACAAGAAGGGCCCUCCAUUGUGGAAUGGCUUAAUGAUCUGAGUAGAAGAUUCAACGGUCACAGAAACUUGAAUUCGUAAAGUUUUGAGGUUUGGUCAUGAUUAGGAACAUGAAUAUAGUAGACUAGAGGAAUUAGGAGUUGGCGAUCCUAUUUCAUCAGUGUUGAAUAUCACUGUGAAUAAGUUUGAAAGCUAGUAACAUGUAUGGAAAUUCAAUUGUUUUUAGUAAUUCACUUCUCGUUAGUUGCACAUAAUGUUAGAUGUUAUUUUGGCAAUUGUAGUUGUUUUCUUUUGUGUA